AUGUGCGCUUAUUCGGCAGGUCUUUAACGCGGUUAAAAUAUUUAAAUUUUAUAAAAGUAUUUUUUUGCCUUAUAAUUUUUGCCUUUUAAUGUAAUUGAAUACAUUUUAAAUAAUGUCUUUUUCAAAAUAACUUUCAAAAUGGAACAGUUUUACCAUUAUGCAAGUCUAUAUGCUAAUUUAUAUUUAAUCGUUAUUACGCCCUUUUGUAAUAAAAACGUUCAACAGUACUUUUUUACUAACAAAAGCUGACAGAACUGAUUUAAGAAUGAGUUUGGAAAUGUUACUGCAUGCAGUGUUGCUACUGUGUACCAGCAACAACGUUCUCAAUGCGACAUUCUUACAUUAUGGAUUGGAGGCUGGUGACACAGCAUUGGGCGAAGGUGACGACUAUACACGUCCUGUCGAUAUGCACAGUCCGAUUAAAAUUUGGGAUACGUAUCUAUCAACACUUUAUAUAAGCAGCAAUGGAGUGAUUUCUUCCAAGCCUUAUAGUUCCUACGAUCCUAAAUCGUGGCAAAACUCACCUAACAACUCGUUAUUCGUAUAUCACACAGACGCUACAUUCAGUUCAAGCUGUGGAAAAUGCAAUGUUUACUAUCGCAGAAAGAUUUCUUCUACAGAUUUGAAUAAAAUAAAUAGCUUAUUACAAUCAAGAGAUAAAAGCUACUAUUCUCGCGUAGAUACGAUAUUGGUAACAACUUGGUUCAACGCAUCGGAUUAUGGAAACCCAAAUAAGACCAAUACAUUUCAAUCUAUCCUCACAUCAAACGGUGAAAAAACUUAUGCAAUUCUUAGCUAUGACACUCUAGAAUAUCACAACCAAUUCUCAAGCAAAAUUCCAAAGGUUGGUUUUAAAGGUUCUGUUAACCACUAUUGCAACUUUGUUGAAGAUGAAAAACACUCUAUGAAACUGCAGUGCCGCUCCAAUGUAUUUAUGCCUGGUGUAUUCGUGGUUGGCUUAACUCGAAAUACUGAUUUUCAAUGCAAUGCAAAUUACAAUCUAAGCCAUACCUGCUCCCGUUGUGCUGGUGAGGAAUGGUGUCGUGCUAAUUGUCACAAUAAAGACAACCCUACUUGUGACAGUAAUGGUGUUGUGUACCAGGAUCAGUGUAAAUUGCUAAAAGAAAUUCUGGAAAGAGACGGCAAAGGACUAUUUACAUUCUGUGACUUUGAGGAUGAUACUUGUGGAUUUAAUGGUUUGAACUGGGUUAGGCGUAAUGGCAGUACUCCAAGCACAGAUACUGGACCUAAGGCUGACUCGAGAGGGAUUACAUCAAGAUUCUACUACUAUUUUGAAGCAACAGGUCCACCGUCUUUCUCAAACCAUUCGACCUUUAUGAUCGUUAAGAAUCCCAAUAGCAGCCGUACUGGUUGCUUAAAAUUUUCAUACCAUAUGUUUGGGUCACACAUGGGUACACUUUCAGUCAAGUUAUCUGCCAACAACAGAGCCCCCACAACCGUGUGGAAAAGACAUGGUAAUCAAGGCACUUUGUGGAAAAGAGCAGCAAUUUCGUUACAAGAUGUAUUGAAUUCGUGCGACAACUACUUUAACUUAACAUUUGUGGCUAUGAAAGGAAGUGAUUAUAAAAGUGACAUUGCUAUUGAUGAUAUUUCAAUAACUUAUGGUUCCAACUGUCAGUUAAUUGGAAAUUUUACAUCCUGUGACUUUGAAGAGAACACUUGCGGAUUUCUUGGUUCGAAUUGGGUUAGGCUUAACGGCAGCACUCCAAGCACACAUACUGGACCAGACGUUGAUUCAAGAGGAGAUAAAUCAAGAUUCUACUAUUACUUUGAAGCAACUGGUCCUUCGCCCUUUUCGAACCAUUCAACAUUUGUGAUUAUUAGUAACCCUAGUAGUAGCCAAACGGGUUGCUUAAAAUUUUCAUACCAUAUGUUUGGUUCACAUAUGGGUACACUUUCAGUAAAGUUAUCUGCCAACAACAGAAUACCCACAACCGUGUGGAAAAGACAUGGUAAUCAAGGCAGUUUGUGGAAAAAAGCAGCAAUUCCUUUACAAGAAGUAUUGAGUCCUUGCGAUCGCUACUUUAACUUAACAUUUCUGGCUACAAAGGGAAGUGAAUAUGAAAGUGACAUUGCUAUUGAUGAUAUUUCAAUAACUUAUGGCUCCAACUGUCAGUUAGUCAGAGAUGCAAAAAAAGAGAGAAUGCCUAAAAAUUUCGCAUUUUGUGACUUUGAAACAGACACUUGUACAUUUUCUGCAUCUGAAUGGAGAAGACGUAGUGGAACGACUACAGACACAAAUAACGGACCUAGAGUUGACGCAAAAGGAUAUACAUCCGGAUUUUACCUUCAUUUUGAUGGUAGCUGCUUACCGACAUAUUCGGUGCAUCCAGUUUCUGUGCUUGUACCUAACCCUGGUAAAAUCGGGACAGGCUGUUUAAAAUUUGCUUAUCAUAUGUUUGGCAAUGAUGCUGGAACCCUUUCGAUCAGGUUAUCUGCUACCAACGCUUCACCUCGAACAGUAUGGUUCAAAACUUGUGAUGAAAAUAUUGCUUGGAAGGAAACAGCUAUAUCGUUACAACAAAUUUUACAACCAAGUAUUCCUUCAUAUUUUAAUUUAACGUUUGAGGCGACGAAAGGAGGUGCUUUUCGAAGUGACAUUGCGAUUGAUGAUGUUUCAAUAACGUACGGAUCUAAUUGUAAGUUAACAGUCAAUGGCGGUUACAGCAACUGGAGCGAAUAUGGCAAUUGCAGUGUUCGUUGCGGAGGUGGUAUUCAAAAACGAACAAGAACGUGCACACAGCCUUCCCCAGAACUUGGUGGAAUGGAUUGCACAAGAAUUGGAUCUUCUUCUUCUACACGUGCUUGUAAUGAACAUUCCUGUCCAGUCAAUGGCGGUUACAGCAACUGGAGCGAAUAUGGCAAUUGCAGUGUUCGUUGCGGAGGUGGUAUUCAAAAACGAACAAGAACGUGCACACAGCCUUCCCCAGAACUUGGUGGAAUGGAUUGCACAAGAAUUGGAUCUUCUUCUUCUACACGUGCUUGUAAUGAACAUUCCUGUCCAGUCAAUGGCGGUUACAGCAACUGGAGCGAAUAUGGCAAUUGCAGUGUUCGUUGCGGAGGUGGUAUUCAAAAACGAACAAGAACGUGCACACAGCCUUCCCCAGAACUUGGUGGAAUGGAUUGCACAAGAAUUGGAUCUUUUUCUUCUACACGUGCUUGUAAUGAACAUUCCUGUCCAGUCAAUGGCGGUUACAGCAACUGGAGCGAAUAUGGCAAUUGCAGUGUUCGUUGCGGAGGUGGUAUUCAAAAACGAACAAGAACGUGCACACAGCCUUCCCCAGAACUUGGUGGAAUGGAUUGCACAAGAAUUGGAUCUUCUUCUUCUACACGUGCUUGUAAUGAACAUUCCUGUCCAGUAACAACAGCAGCACCAACCAUAGCUACAUGUCACGAAACAAACACGGAUAUUAAAAAAGUUAUCAUAAUGGCAACUGCUGGUUUUGUCGUUGUACAAGUUGUGAUUUUACUUGUUUGUGUGAUCAUAAAGCGCAAAGCUGCUAGAAAUAAUGGAAAUGCAGAAAGAACACACACACAAGUUCAGAUUGAAGACACUGGAGAUUACGAAAUUAUCCAACCAAUUACGUCUCGUCGUGGAUUUGCCAAGGCAUUAAAGAAAGGCGCUCAUACAGAUCUCAAAAGCAAGACUGCUCAUUCAAUGAAAUUUAUAGAAAUGGAAUGUAAAGAUACAUCAGGAAACGUGUACUCAUGUAUAGACGAUUAAAACUAGCCUGAAAGAGAAGAAGGUGUUUGCGUAAAAAACGGUUUUGCAGAUUUUUCUAAAAUUUUACAAAAGUUUAUUCCUUCAAAAAAGCAAGGUCAAUUGUCAACCGUAAAAAUUUUCCCACAAUGUUGCAAUAAAAACGUAAAAUUUGUCCAACAAAAGCUCCUAAUUUUGUAGAACAACGACAGCCGGAGAACUACAGCGGUUUCCGGUAGAGCUAACCGUAGACUUUCUUUCGCAACCACUUACUUUUUAACUCGAUUGCUAAUAUUUAUGGAUUUGCAGCAUAUUGGUUAUUACUACCAACUGUAAAAUCGGCGAAAUAUAUUUAAUUGGUCUUUAGGAUCUUUUCUUCAAUAAAAAAGUGUUAAUGAAAUUGUAUUUUACCGCUGUAUGUAGAUUUUAGCCACAUGGUGUAGGUUAUUCGACAAUCGAUUAGUCGGGUCGCGUUUAAUGCAAGGGUUUGCAAAAAAAUAUUAUAGUUAUUAUAAACACGUACAUAAAUAUCUUGCUUGUGCUGAAAUUUGCGCAAUCUGAAAGUGUGACUGCACCAACUUACCUGUACGCGAAUUUCAAGUCAUUUAAUAUUUUUCAAGCAUAAGUAUAUUGUUAGCUUUAUCACUCCAAACUGAUCAAGUUUUCUUUUUCCAAUAUAUAUUUUAUAUAACCAGACCUAUUAUGAGAAUCGAUAGACAGAACUAACCUGAGUGAAUUUCAGCAUAGAUAAGGUAUAUAAAAGAUAUAUAUUUAUAAUAUAUAUAAGGCAUAUGUACAUGAUCUUCUGGUUGCAGCGAUAUUUGGGAGAAACAAAUAUAUAGUGUGUAAUAUACGGUUAACUGCAGAGUAUGUUAAGAUGUGUGAUUAUUUUUGGCUGUAUUAGCAACCUAUUAGCAUCAAGAUAGUCGAAAGCGUGGAAAGUCGGUGUUGUCAAAGUAAAAAUUAUUCCAAAUAUAGUUUGAAAGUAGGAAAAUUAAUAAUAUUUCGUCGUUGUUGCCAUAGAAAUUCCGCUUUAUUCAAGAUGUCAUUUCGUAUUGAAUGGGCUAUGAAAAGGAAGCAGGAAAAGUAGUCCAUUAGGUAUGAGGAUUUUCCUAACCUUUUCCAUUCAAAUAAAAAGUACCUGUGGUACUUAAAUCAACAAAAUAACAGAAGCAAUCUACUUUUUCUUACUUUAAAGGCUAAAAAAAAAUACAAAGCCAAUCGUUAGGUUUUCAUCCUAUCCUUAACCUGUGUCUGUUUUUGUAUGAGUUUGCGAUUUAUAACAAAAGGAUUUUGUUUCUUUUACCUUAUGGAAUUAUGGACGCAAAUAACAAAAAACAUUAUCUUUUUAAUACAGAUUUGUAAAUAUCUCAGUCAACCAUAUGGGAUAUAAGUUUUAGUAGUUGUUUUUAUUGCCAGAAAAUCAUAAACAUUCUCUGCGAACGAAAAAGGUACGCGCACAGUGUUGUCUUGCUUACUAAAAUUUGAAUAGACUCAUUCUUUUAUUUUUACUUUUAUUUUUUAAACAUUCAGUCAAUAUGAGUUGUCGUUAAAAUAAUAUUAUAAUUAAAUGAAAACAUUGACUCAAA